UUUGUACUUGCAUAAAUCUGUCCUCACCCUCUGCUCAGGCAGUCCAUCUCCACUGACGUAUCCACUCCGAGGGAAACUACCAGAUUUAAAGAAAUCUGCGCUGAAGGAAUCUGUGAGUCAGUGUCUCUCAGUCUCACUCUUUCAGUCACUCUCUCUGUUUCUGUGUCUCUCUCUUGGACAAUGGAUCUGUCAGUGAUCAGGAAAUCACAGCUGAUCCCGUUCCGUGGAGUUCCUCUCCCAAAUUAUUUUCUGAAAAACAUGGAAAAGGUUGGAGAGUUCGAGGCGGAUAAGACUGAUGUUCUGAUCGCAACCUACCCGAAGGCAGGCACGACCUGGAUGCAGGAGAUAGUGGACUGUGUGCUCCAUGGAGGGGAUGUGAGGCAGUGUGAACAAAGCCCCAUCCAUUACCGCAGCCCCUUUCUUGAAGCCUCCUACCCAGGAAUACGCACUGGGCUAGAAUUACUUGCUGAGAUUCCAUCUCCAAAACCGAUUAAGACGCAUCUCCCGUUCCAGCUCAUUCCCACAUCCUUUCUUCAAAAACAGUGCAAGAUCAUUUAUUGCGCUCGAAACGCCAAGGAUAAUGUGGUUUCGUCUUUCCACUUCGACCGAAUGAGCAAGUUGAAGCCGGAUCCCGGGCCCUGGGAGGAAUUUUUACAGAAAUUCCUGACGGGAAAUGUCAUGUAUGGGUUGUGGCAUGAUCACGUGAAGGGAUGGUGGGAGCAGAGAGGAAACUUUCCCAUUCUCUACAUGUUCUAUGAAGACAUGAAGGAGGUAAAGACUGGGGUCGGAGGUCACAAUGUUUCAGAUCCUCUAACACACACACACUGCCGGUCCACACUCCCAGGUCAGGCUGGCUCCGGCCUGGACAUCCCUCAUGCCCCGAGUUCCACCAUCAGUGGCCGCACUUACAGCCACUGCAUCCGGAAACUCUGGAACACUCCCUCUCUACCAAAUUGGCCUGUGUUGUUGCUCACUAAAUCUAAAUCGGCCAGCUUAUUUCACUGCCCAGUUUCGCAACAAGACCCGAGGCGAGAAAUCAAGCGGGUGGCUGAGUUUCUGGGCAAGGAGCUAGGCAGCAAGGAACUGGACACCAUCGUUGCUCACACCAGCUUCAACGCCAUGAAGCUCAACCCAAUGACCAACCAUUCAAAUGUUCCACUUGAUGUGUUGGACCAAAGAAUAUCUUCAUUCAUGAGGAAAGGCAUUGUGGGAGACUGGAAAACACACUUCACUGUGGCUCAGAACCAGAUGUUUGAGGAGGAUUACUGCCGCAGGAUGGUGGGGAGCACAUUGCGUUUCCGGACAGAAUUGAGUCCAGGAGACAAUUGUCUGCAGUGAUGUGUAUUCCCUCCCGGAGCGCCUCCACCCACCCUAUGCCCCUCCCUCCUGGA